AUGGCAUCGAGAUUCUGGACCCAGGCUGGUAGUGAUUCUGAAGAUGAAGAUAGUGAUUACGAUGAGGAGGUUGAAGAAACAGCAGGUGAAUCUGGUCCUGAUCCUACUAAAACCAAUUACUACCUUCAAGGUAAUGCUAGCGACAGCGAUGACUCUGAUGGCCAAAAGCGUGUUGUUAGAUCGGCGAAAGAUAAAAGAUUCGAAGAAAUGGCUUCGACUGUUGAUCAGAUGAAGAAUGCAAUGAAGAUUAACGAUUGGGUGAGUUUGCAAGAGAGUUUUGACAAGAUUAACAAACAGCUUGAGAAAGUCAUGCGUGUGGCGGAGACUGAUAAGGUUCCUAGUCUUUAUAUUAAGGCUCUUGUUAUGUUGGAGGAUUUCUUGGCUCAGGCUUUGGCGAAUAAGGAUGCUAAGAAGAAGAUGAGUAGUAGUAAUGCGAAAGCUUUGAACUCGAUGAAGCAAAAAUUGAAGAAGAAUAAUAAGCAAUAUGAGGAGCUGAUUAAUAAGUGUAGGGAGAGUCCGGGGAGUGAGGAGGAAAAGGAUGAGGAUGAGGAGAGCGAGGAAGAAGAUGACAGUGAUGGUGAUAUUAUUGAGCCUGAACAGCUUCGGAAGCGGGAACUUAAAUCGGAUUCGGAAGUUGAGUACGAAGAUGGAAAGGAAGAUGCCGGUGAAGGAGGUUGGGACCAGAAGCUUAGCAAGAAAGAUAGACUUUUGGAUAGACAGCUCAUGAAAGAUCCAAGGGAGGUUACAUGGGAUAUCGUUAACAAGAAGUUUAAGGAGAUUGUGGCGGCUAGAGGUAGGAAGGGAACUGGGAGAUUUGAACAGGUCGAGCAGCUUAACUUCUUAACAAAAGUGGCUAAAACACCUGCACAGAAGCUUGAGAUUCUUUUCAGUGUGGUUUCUGCUCAGUUUGAUGUUAAUCCAGGCCUCAGUGGCCAUAUGCCAAUAACUGUGUGGAAAAAAUGUGUUCAGAAUAUGCUGCUCAUCCUUGAUAUUCUAGUUCAGUUUCCAAACAUAAAGGUUGACGAUUCAGUGGAGCCAGAUGAAAAUGAAACUCAGAAAGGGGCUGACUAUGAUGGACCAAUUAGGGUUUGGGGUAACUUAGUUGCUUUCUUAGAAAAAAUAGAUACCGAGUUUUUCAAGAGCUUGCAGUGCAUAGAUCCUCAUACAGGUGAGUAUGCUGCGAGACUCAAGGAUGAGCCCUUGUUUUUGGUUCUUGCUCAAAAUGUCCAGGAAUAUCUUGAAAGUAGUGGGGAUUUCAAAGCAUCUUCUAAGGUAGCCUUGCGGAGGGUUGAACUCAUUUACUACAAACCACAAGAGGUUUAUGAUGCUAUGAGAAAAUUGGCUGAUCUGACCGAAGAUGGAGAGAAUGAAGGGGAGGCGAGCGAGGAGUCAAAAGGGUUUGAGGAUACAAGAAUUCCUACUGCAUUUGUUGUCACUCCUGAGCUUGUGGCUCGGAAACCCACCUUCCCGGAGAAUAACAGGACUCUAAUGGAUGUUUUAGUUUCACAUAUAUACAAACAUGGCGAUGAGCGCACUAAAGCUCGGGCAAUGCUUUGUGAUAUAUAUCACCACGCUCUUCUUAAUGAAUUCUCAGUAGCUCGUGAUCUGCUGCUUAUGAGUCAUUUGCAAGAAAAUGUUCAGCACAUGGACAUUUCAACACAGAUACUUUUUAACAGGGCUAUGUCACAGUUAGGUCUAUGUGCUUUUCGGGUUGGAUUGAUUUCUGAAGCACAUGGCUGUCUAUCUGAACUUUAUUCAGGUGGAAGGGUGAAAGAGUUGCUUGCACAAGGUGUGUCACAAAGUCGUUAUCAUGAAAAGACUGCAGAACAGGAAAGGUUGGAAAGAAGAAGACAGAUGCCGUAUCAUAUGCACAUAAAUCUUGAGCUCCUGGAAGCAGUGCAUCUUAUAUCUGCUAUGCUGCUGGAGGUUCCCAAUAUGGCAGCUAAUGUUCAUGAUGCAAAGCAUAGGGUCAUCAGUAAGAAUUUCCGCCGCUUGCUAGAGGUCAGUGAUAAACAAACAUUCACCGGUCCUCCUGAGAGUGUCAGAGAUCACAUUAUGGCUGCCACGAGGGUUCUUAUUAAAGGAGACUUCAAUAAGGCUUUUGACAUUAUUACCUCUCUUGAUGUAUGGAAAUUUGUGAAAAAUCGAGAAACUGUAUUGGAAAUGCUCAAGGACAAAAUCAAGGAGGAGGCCCUUAGGACAUAUCUCUUAACCUUCUCUUCAUCCUAUGAGUCUUUGAGUGUGGAUCAAGUCACGGAAUUUUUCGACCUCUCUGUCCCUCGCACUCAUAGCAUUGUGAGCAGGAUGAUGAUCAAUGAGGAGCUUCAUGCAAGCUGGGACCAGCCAACUGGGUGCAUUGUUUUCCAAAAUGUUGAGCACUCUAGGCUGCAAGCAUUGGCAUUCCAGUUGACAGAUAAAUUAUCUAUCCUUGCAGAGAGUAAUGAGAGAGCCACAGAGGCAAGAUUAGGUGGUGGAUUAGAUCUACCUCCGAGACGGAGGGAUGGCCAGGACUAUGCUGCUGCUGCUGGCGGUGGUAGUGGGACAGGGUCUUUAGGUGGUAGAUGGCAAGACUUGUCCCAUUCUCAGCCACGGCAAGGGAGUGGACGUGGAGGAUAUGGUAAUGCCGGUGGAAGGCCAUUGGCAUAUGGUCAAGCGGCUAGGAGUGGAGGCUAUUCAAGGGAUCGAACGGGUCGUGGAACAGGUGGUGGUUAUCAGAGUUCAGGGAGGGCUACUCAAGGGGGUUCAGGACUGAGGGGAUCCCUGGGCGAUGUAUCUACUCGCAUGGUUAGCCUUAAGGGACGCGCUUAA